AUGUACUCUUUCAGCUCUCCUCAGAGAUCCUUUUCCCAAACAUCUUCCAUUUCUACUGCGUCUCGCACUAGUCAAGCCUCGACGAAACAGGACAAACCUUCUCUGUCCUCAAGAAUCUUCCGUUCUAAAUCCCCUGUUCCACUCUAUAUUCCCCGCCGUUCUCACCAGGACUCAAACGUCUCUCCCGGUCGAGACAUCCCGCGGAGCAACCCCGACUCUUCAUAUUUCCCCGACCACCGAGAUCACUUUACCAGCCCGACAGAAAUGUCUCCUACAAUCUCUUCACCUCGGUCCCCAAAGCCUGAUUUUGCGGCCAAGCAGGGCAUGUCCUCAAAUCGUAAGGACCACCGUCGCUACACCGGCACUGUCAACCACUGCGGUCGGCACUCCAAUGAUUGGCUCUUUGGUGGCUUCAGUGUCCGUGAAACGGUCCGCGAAGGCAUCGAGAAGCUUCGCAGCUCUGAUAGGGACACCUAA